UCCGGCUCCCGUCCUGCCUGCAGCAGCUGAGCCCGGCCCUGUCCAUCACCAUGGACGUCUUCAAAAAGGGCUUCUCCAUUGCCAAGGAGGGCGUGGUGGGUGCCGUGGAGAAGACCAAGCAGGGGGUGACAGAGGCAGCCGAGAAGACCAAGGAGGGGGUCAUGUAUGUGGGAGCCAAGACCAAGGAGGGUGUCGUGCACAGCGUGACCUCAGUGGCUGAGAAGACCAAGGAGCAGGCCAACGCCGUGAGCGAGGCUGUGGUCACCAGCGUCAACACCGUGGCCGCCAAGACGGUGGAGGAGGCGGAGAACAUCGCGGUCACUUCUGGGGUGGUGCGCAAGGAUGACUUGAAGCAACCUGCUCCCCCACAGGAGGACGAGGCAGCCAGAGAGGAAGAGGAAGUGGCUGAGGAGGCCAAGAGUGGGGGAGACUAGAGGGCUGCAAGCCAGCUCGGAGGCCCGAGGACACUCCUCUGCCCUGGACCCCACCCCCUCCUGGCACAAGAGUGCCACCCUGGCGUGCGACCUGCAGCUGCCCACACUCCCCGCCCCUCGCCUGGCCACCCAGGCCCGUCCGCCCAAGCUG